CGGGCGGCUUCUGCAAACAGAGCUCUUAUACAACUUCCUAUCCAGAUACAUUUAUCCAGUCUUGAUAUUUCAAAUAUAUUCUUUUGGAAGUCCAUCUUAUUAUUUUGGUUGCAAAUUUCUUGUUAUCCUCGUCUCUCGUGCCAAAGCCACAACAACUAUGCCACAUCUACCCUGUCACUGGUAGAGCGCACCUCUACAUCUCGACUCUAAUGAAAUUGCUUAGAACAGUGACGUGUUCAUUUGCCAGUACAGGGCUCUUGUUGGCGAAAUGUCAGUCACUUCAAAUAUCCGCGUCUACGUACAAUGGAAAGAGCAGACGGUCUUCGCGGGGGAAGAUGUAGAGUGCAUAAUUACCUUCAAGAACGUCGCUCGAGAUGAAUCUCGUGCCUCGACUGUGAACGGAUUCAUGCCAAGAGGGGAGCGACAAAGAAAGAUCACUCCGUUUCAGGUCCCCUUAUCGGAUGCGUCUAUGAGUCGAAAUCCUGCUGCCCUUGCAUCGCAAGCUCGUGGGCAUCGACCGACUCUUUCCUUGAAUGUUCCCUCAAGCAAUAUAUCAAGUCCUCAUCCGUCAAGUCCUUGGAGCGGCCGAAGUAAUGGUUCAUACACACCUGGUAAUGCACACAAACGAUCGGUGUCAAUCCUCUCCGUCGGCAGUGAUGCCCUCCCCGAAGAGCCUCCUAUUCAUGGCAGCGCUCUCCCUACAAUCAAGCCCACACGGAAUCAUGCACGCUCAGCAAGCUUGCAAAUUCUUCCAAACAGAGCAAGGCCACCUCCCUCACCACUAGGACACCGGUCAAGCACCCAAGCUUCUCCUAUGCUUCGAAGCACAUCCCCUCUUAUACCUCUCGAAAACGGGUCAGAUCCAUCUUCAUCUCUGCGAUCCUCAAGACGAACUUCAGCCCGGCCCAGUGCGUCCGGUACGCCAGACCCGGGUCGGCCUCUAAGAAAACCGUCUGGUUCCUUUUCGCAGAAUUUCAAAUUUCCCGCCGCUUCUCCACAAAUAGAACCUCCAUCUCCUAACCCGCAAACUUUUGCGGGGUCAUCUUCAAAUAACAAAAAUCCAGUUCCAUUAUCACGACAGCAAUCACCUAAGCCUCCCGAGCUGAGCGGGCCGAAUCUUGAGCAUCUAAAUCCUACGACGAAAGUGCUUGCUGGAUCGAGCAUGAAUGCCACACCCAGAAGUAGCGGUGAAUUUUAUUCUUUGAGUAAUAAUUCAACCGAAACUUUGGCUUCGGAGUACGGGCCGCAACUCUUGAACAAAGCUCCGCAAAGGCCAAAUCAUCUCCGUAGCAUUUCUCAUAUAAACCCUACAAGCCAUCCGCAAUCUCCAGAAAAUCUCAUGAUGGGAUACGUCCAAAUUCAAGGAUCUUUUACCUUAGAUGGAUCCCUAAUCAAUCAGGCGCCGUUUGAGGAAGUGAAGAGGAAAGGUGUGGUUGGGGGCCAUGGUGGCGGUGGCGUAGUUGGAGUUGAAAAGAGUAAGAGAGAAAGCGGCAUUUUUGGUGCUUUUGGCUGGAGCAACAUUGGUGAAUCAAUUGGCAGUCUCCUUGGUGCAGGUGAACUUAGCAGCAUUAAAGAAAUGAGGGGAAUCGCCAGCGCCAAAUCGAUACCGCUGAUUUCAACCCCCCAAUCCAUUCUUUUUGUCGACCUCCGACUCGCUCCGGGUGAGAGCAGAAGUUACACGUAUAGCUUCACACUUCCACGAGGACUACCAGCAAGCCAUAAGGGCAAGGCAAUCAAGGUCUCCUACAACCUCGUCAUAGGGACCCAGCGUGCAGGGACACUUAAAAGCAAACAGUUGGUCUCGCAGGUCGAAGUACCUUUCCGUGUCUUUGGUGCUGUCAAUGGACGAGGGGAGGUCUUGGGGCAUGAUUUGAUGUCUCCUUACAUCAUCCUCCGGGAUCUGGCUCGGACUCAAAGCAUUCCGGGAAAUAUGGCGCUGACGGAUCUUGAGACUUUUUGGAACAAGAAAACAAGUCGUCCGAAGCAGAAAGAAUCAUCCCUGGAGGAUUUUCUUUCAUAUGCAGAUACCCUGCUUGAAGCCCCUCGUCGGAGUAGCAGCUACGGACUCAUAUCCCCGACGGAUGUCGUGCCGCCUCAUCGGAUGUCUAGUGGCGAGGGAGGAAUAUCCAGCAAGGAAGCGAUAGAUUUUGCCAUCUUGCGCAGUAACGCCAGGACUGCUACAAAUCAGAGCACGAAUCGUUUCGAAAUUGCUCGAAAUGGUCGACGCGUUGCGGUACUAAUGCUUGCACGGCCAGCGUACCGGCUUGGGGAGACCUUGACUGCUGUGAUUGACUUUAAAAAUGCGGAUUUGCCUUGUUACUCCGUACAUGCUGCGCUGGAGAGUUCUGAAAAAGUCGAUCCCGCCAUAGCACUUCGAUCCGGCGCAAGUAUCCAACGAGUGACCCGUCGUGUUCAUGCGUCGCAGUUAGAAUCAACCUUAUUCGCUCGAAGGGUGUCAUUUCGCCCGAGCAUACCAGUCAAUGCGAGCCCGGAGUUUCUGACCAGCGGAGUGAGUUUAGAGUGGAGACUUCGUGUGGAAUUUGUCACACCUAGCCCAUCUGACGAAGAAGAAGAGGAUGAACAACAAGCAGUGGAAGGAGGAGAUGGAGAAGGCCGUGGAGCUAUGCUGCUUGAAGAAGUAUCUCGAGAUGACCGAGCCCUGGUCAUGGCUGCAGUGGAGGGUCUCGCAUGCGAGAGUUUCGAAGUCGCUGUUCCGAUCAAAGUCUACGGAGCUGUGGCCGCGGGUGUCAAUGCGCCUGUUGAGGGACUUUCAGUAUGACCGUUUGGGUCCUCGCAUGCGUCUAUGUACAUACACAAGGGAUGUGGGCGGCAAUGAUAACAUUUCCAGUUGUCGGGCAGGAAUCAUAUGAUUUCAACUUGGGCUGAAAGAGUCAUUUUACAAUAAAUGGCCUGCUUUGACAUAUAGUUGGGCAAAUGUGGCUUGUGACGAGCAUGGAAUAUAUAGGGCAAUAAUAGAUGUACAUUGGAACG